AUGGAAUGGAAUAAUAACAAAAGAAUUGAAACUCCAAUGGAAGGUAUAGGUGGUUAAGCAAUAAGGUUAUUUGUAACAAUAAGAAAGGAUUCAGAGUCUAAUGUAGAAUAUAAAAAAAUGACAGUGAUGGCACCAUGUAUAUUAUUUAAAGUUAUCAGUGACCAUUAAGAUUUCAAUGUUAAAAAGACAUAUUGAAAGAGAAUUUGCAGAUCUCUUUCCACAUGAACCAACAUUUGUUUGUGCUAAAUUAGAAGAUGAAUACGGUUAUAGUUUAUCUAAUGCAUCUUUUGUUAGUGAAUUGUUAAAAAAUUCUGACAGAUUAUCUGCAAUUCCAGAAUCAUUUACAAAAGAUUUAAUUGGUAAAAUGCAUGUUACUCAUGAUUUGAAUGAAUUGACUUUCAUGUUGAAAAGUAUAACCUAAACAAUCAUAGCAAAAUUAGCUGGUAUUUAAUAUUAUUACCUUUUUAGAGGCUGAAUUAGGUUCUCCUGAAACUUAAAUGGAAAUUAUGUAAUUAAUAGUACCUGUAGGCUUUUCUUUAUAACAGAAAGCAAUUAAUCAUAAUACAGCUUUAACAUUAAAAAGAAUAUUUGAAAAUGAGAGAUUACAAUUCUUAGAUGAUUAAUCUUAUGCUCUCAUUUCUUAACUCUUAAUUAAACUUCUCUAAUUUUGGACUAAUGAUUUAAUCUUUUAAGAUUAAUUUCUUCUAAAUUUGACGGUCGAUUUGUUAGAAAUUCUUACUAAAAGUGGUAUUAAUAGAUAUAUAAUCCUAAUUUAGCUGCUUUCUCUAAUUCAUAUAAGACACCUUAAAUAGUCAACAGUCUAAUGUCUGUGUCUAAAUUAGACUUUGUUAGUGCAUAGACUAGAUCUAGAAUAAUUAAACUUAUCUCAUUUUUAUCCAGACCAUAAUUUACUAAUUGUUACUAACCUAGAUCUUAUGAUGGCCCUUUAACACUUAAUUUACCUCCAUAACCAAGAAGAAAGAAUGAAGAAUAUGUACCUACUAUACUUGAAUAACCAAAUAGAAAUAAUAAUAGAAGAUAAGGUAGUGCUGGAUCUAGAAAUUAAAAUGGCUAUGAAUAAUAAUAAGAUUUCAAUCAGAAUGGAUAUAAAUAAAAUGAUUCAAAUUAAUAUCCUUAUAAAUAGAAUGAUUCUAAUCAAUAUGGUUUCAAAUAAAAUGAUUCUAAUCAAUAUCAAUAACCUAAUAUACCAAGAUUACCUCCUUAAUAAUAAUUUGGGUAUUAAACAUAACCUUUACAAUCUAAUCAUCCACCUCCUUAAUAGAAUUCUGUUUAUUCAAAACCUUAAUUAAAUAUAAAUAAUAGGCCUUAGAGUAAUAGAACUAUAAAUUAAUAUGGAGGAAAUACGCAAUAAUAAGUCUUUGAUGGAUUAGUUUAAGAUUAUCUCAAUUUGAUUUCUACAGAAUCAAAUGAAGAAAUGUUACAAUUUGCUAUUUAAAAUUUAAGCGAUGGAAUUGAUACAACAAUACAUUAAAUUAUGGAUAGCUCAGAAGCAUUUUAAAAGAUUGUCAAUCUAUUAGAAAUCGCUAUGAGUCCCAAUUAUUUAGGAAUGUAAUUAAGAAUUUUAGAGGCUUUAUCUAAAAACAUGAAUCAAGAAAGAGCAAAAGAAGCUCUUAAAUUAAAAUUAAUACCAAGAAUCAUGAAAGCCUUCACUUAUUAACCUAAAGAAUUUUAAGCAAUUUUAUAUGAUAUAUUAUCUGCUACUUUAAAAUUAUCAGAUUUUUAAGUUGAUGUUCUCACAGUUAUUAGUAUGAUUGAAUCAGCAUAUCCAAGAAUUCAAAUUUUAGGUAUUAAAAUACUAUCAUUAAUGUCUGAUCCAUAGAGAUUAUAGAAUAGUAAUAAUGUAUCAAUUUAAUUUGAAAAUUAUAUCAAAAGUCUAAUGGAUUGGACUUUAGAUGGAUAAAAAGGAGAAGAAUUUUAAUAUAAUGCUUUAUAAACCUUAUCAAAUUUGGCAAUAAAUGAUUACAUACGACCAUAAAUACUUCAUUUAAAGGGAAUUGAAUUCUUCUUGAAGGUAUUAAGGGAAAGCUAUAGAGUUGAUGCUUAAAGAUUGGCUGCCAAAGGCUUAUUAAAUUUAUCAAUAAAAUCGAGAGAAACUAAAUUAUCAAUUGUUUCAUAGAUGGAAGAGGAAAUCUAAAGAUUAUAAAGAGGAGAGAUGGAUACAGUUGUCUAAGGAUACUUAACAACCUUACUAACAACAAGAGAGAGAGGAUAAUUGUUAUGAUUUAUAUUCACG